GGAGGGCGUGGCCGGUCCGCCUUUUUUUACACGGGAGUGUCAAAGAAGAAGGCAACACGGCGACGAGGAGCAACAAUGUCUUCGGUGCCUGACGGGAAGAAGCUUGUCCGGAGCCCGAGCGGACUUCGCAUGAUGCCCGAGAACGGCGCCUUCAACAGCCCCUUCUCUCUGGACGAGCCGCAGUGGGUUCCUGACAAAGACUGUCCCAGAUGUAUGCAAUGCGACACCAAGUUCGACUUCAUCCGAAGAAAGCAUCACUGUCGACGCUGCGGCCGAUGCUUCUGCGACAAGUGCUGCAGCAAGAAGGCGGCGCUGCCCCGCAUGUCCUUUGUGGACCCGGUGAGGCAAUGUGCCGACUGCAGCCUGCUCUCGCAGAAGGAGAGCGACUUCUACGACAAGCAGCUCAAAGUGCUCCUGGCAGGAAGCACCUUUCUCGUCACUUUGGGAGGGUCAAACAAGUCUGAAACCAUGACGUGCCGCCUGGCCAACAACCACAGGUACAUGUUCCUGGACGGCGAAAGCCACUUUGAGGUGGAGUUGUCUCGCAUCUCCAGCAUGCAGAUUCAGACUGACGGGACGAGUCCAGGAGGUGAGAAUCGGUGCCAGUUAUUUGUCAAAUGCAGCGGGACUCCUGUUUUUGCUUGUUACCCCUUCCAAAAGUGUGAUUGAAAAGCAAAUAUUAACACAAAACACAUUUUAUAUAGAACACAUAGUUUUAAAUGUGUACAGGUUUUUUUGAUUGGGUCAUAUAAGUAAAUGGUGUGCUGUGUAUGUUCCUGGUAAUUGACCAGAUAUACUUACAUCGUCCACAUGAUGACGGCAUGUACGUUGCAAUUAGAUAUUAAAAAAUUAAGCUGUAGAUACCUCGUGGGUCUGAUUCCUUAUAAAAUGAUUUAAAAAAAACCUGUGACGUUGAAGACUGCAAUCCAUAGUUUGGGACACUCCUGGUGUGAGUGAACAUGUGAUUAGUUGUUGGUAAAGAGCGUAGCGGGCGUAGGGGAGAGCUACCUUUGUACUUUGCUGCCAGUACUUUAAAGGCCUACUGAAAUGAGAUGUUCUUAUUUAAACGGGGAUAGCAGGUCCAUUCUAUGUGUCAUACUUGAUCAUUUCGCGAUUUUGCCAUAUUUUUGCUGAAAGGAUUUAGUAGAGAACAUCCACGAUAAAGUUCGCAACUUUCGGUGUUAAGAGAAAAGCCCUGCCUCUACCGGAAGUCGCAGACGAUGACGUCGCAAGUGUGGGGGCUCCUCACAUAUUCACAUUGAUUCAAAUGGGAGCCUCCAACAAAAAGUGCUAUUCGGUCCGAGAAAACGACAAUUUCC